AUGGGGGAGGAGCCCCCAAAGUUAAAGCGAAAAAGGGAGCAAUCAGAACCUGCGCUUGAAUCAGCCGGAAAGAACUGGGGUGGAAAGAAGGAGCCUGUGUCGAUCCAAUCUCUGCCUCCAGAACUUCUGGACGGGAUCAUCGCUUUUCUGGGUCUGGAUGACGUGGUGUCCUUGGGGCAGACGAGUCGCUACUUCUGGGAUCUGUGCCGCAGCGAGGGGGUGUGGAGGAGGCUGUGCAGCAAGGUGGCGCCGAGAUAUAGCCCCGACCCUCACAGCCCAGAUGAAGCGCACUGGAGAAGGGCUGCCAUCCUGAACUAUACCAAGGGUCUCUUCUUCCAGACUUUCGGCGGGCGAAAGCGUCUUCUCAGCCGCAGCGUGGCUCCGCACCUCUCCCACGGCUACAGGAAGUUCCUGCCCACGAAGGACCACGUUUUCAUCCUGGAUCACAACGGCACGCUGUUCUUCCUGAAGAACGCCCUUGUGUCCUCUCCGCUCGGGCAGAUCCAGUGGAAGCGGGCCUGCCGCUACGUGGUGCUGUGCCGCCACGCCAAGGACUUUGCGACAGACCCGCGCAGCGACACGGCGUACAGGAAGUACCUCUACGUGCUGGCACGGCGGGAGCUGGCGGGCGCAAGGGGGCCGGACGGAGAGACACUGCGCUGCGACUGCGUCGAGGUUUACCUGCAGUCCAACGGUCAACGAGUCUUUAAGAUGACCUUCCACUCCUCCAUGAGGUUCAGCAACAUCCGACUGGUGGGGCACGAGAGCGAGAGAGCCUUGCUGCUGCUUACGGAUGAAGGGAAGGUGUACAGUCUGACAGUGAACGAGACUCAGCUUGACCAGCCCCGCUCUUACACCGUCCAGCUGUCCAUGCGCAAGAUCACCAAGUGCCUGCCCCACCUGUGCAUCAAACAGGUCCACUCCAACCAGAGCAGCGUGCUCUAUGUCACAGAUGCUGGGGGAGUGUAUUUCGAAGUGCACACGGCCGGGGUGUAUCGAGAUCUCUUCGGCACUCUGCAUGCCUUCGACCCCAUUGACCUUCAAAUGCCCCUCGCUCUCCCCCUCCCAUCAAAGGUGGUUAGCUGUUCUCUGGGGUUCAACCACCUGGGAUUGGUGGAUGAAUUUGGACGAAUCUUCAUGCAGGGAAACAACCGCUACGGGCAGCUGGGCACCGGGGACAAGAUCGACCGGGGUGAACCCACACAGGUGCUGUACCUGCGCCGGCCCGUGUCAGUGUGGUGCGGGCUCAAUCAUUCCCUGGUGCUGCUGGAGACCGUCAGCUCCGGUAGAGAGGUGCAGGGCUGCGGGUGCGGGGCGGGGGGCAGGCUGCCAGGCUGGCUCAAGGGCAGCGCCACCUUCGUCAAGCUACAAAUUCAGGCCCCUCGCUGCGUGUGCUCCCUGUGCUCGACCCGGGACUGUCUCUACAUGAUGUCCUGCCACGAUGUCGACCUGCCACCCUCUUUCCGGACCCCGCCCCUGCCGAGGUUGCGGGGGUGUCAGGCGGAGGGCGAGGAGGCGGGGCUCUGCCAGGCAUUCCUGGCAGAACUGCGGAGUUGCGCCACCCUCCGCCAGCAGCUGGACAGACUCAAGGACAUGGUGAGUCACAUGACCCUGCCUAGCUUCCAGAGAGACUUCCUGUGGGAAGCUCUGAACACCAUGCAACGGACGCAGAGCACUGGGGAGGGGCUGCCAGUCUAGCCGCACACUCAGUGGUGGAAUUUAAAAUCAUUUCUCUUGUUUGAUUACUUGAAAGCAAUUAUGA